AUGACUAGUACUUUAUUGUUAGACAGUAGUGAAAAUUCAUCUAGGACAUUGCGCCUCAACAAAUUAAUGCAGAAGGUGUUUAGUGUUAUGAAUCUUAGUGUGGAUGAUGAUACAACUGUUGAGAUUGCAGAAAAUAACAUGGAUAACAUUGUACAUCAAGUGAGAAGAUACAAAUCAACUAUAUUAGGAAAAAAUACAGUUGAUGAUGAUGAUGAUGAUGAUGAGAACAUUAUUUUAGAAAUUUCUAGUACACCAGUGUUGGAUCCUCCACGAUUGAGACAAAAAGGAAAAACAUAUGGUAGGUUAAAAGGUUUCUUGCAGAAGAGGAAAAAGAAAAAAUCAUCAAAGGCAGAUGCAUGUACAUCCCGAAUGCCACAAUCUGGGACAACCAUGUCUGGUAUCAUUAGUUAUAGGAAUGAAAGAUAA